AUGAAAAACAAGUGGCUUGUGACGUUACUUGUGCUUGGGGCAGUAGUUUUCGCAGACAGUAAAAAAUUUAUAUUGCAAAAAUGUUGUCCUGAACAUUACGCUUUAAAUUUUACAUCGCAAAAGUGCGAAGUUGUCAAUAGAAAAUUGUCAAUCGAUUGGGUUCCUGACCAACUAAAAACUCAGCAGGUUACAAAUUUAAGCCUGUACCAAAAACUGUUGCCGUCUGCUCAAGAAUACGAUCACUAUUACGGACCUUGUCCUGGAAUUUUGGCGGACGUACUUCCUCCUGUAAAAAUCGAAUUGAGCACAAAUUUAACUUUCCUCGGCGGUUCAAACUCCAUAUUUGCCUUCAACCGGACUUACGAUCAAUGGUGCGUGGACGCAAUGCUUGGUGCGUCCAGUCGCAACUGGGUCCUUUUGUCCUGUCCUUGCCUUCACGAAAUCUGCAUCGCGCAAUGUUGCUAUCACAAACAAAGACUUCACAUCAAUAGGGCCUCCGGCAAAUCGUUUGUCAAGAUAUGCAAGGACGAGGGAGCGAACUGGACACCUCGUAAUGCGAAAGACCUGAGGCUAAUUAAAAAUGAGCUGAAGCCGUGGUUCUUCCGCCACUUGACUAUUUACGAGGCUAUAGGCUCGUGUUUUCACUCUGUGCGCAAAGAUUACGCGAAAUCGAGAAGGCCGAAGUUGGUCACAAAUUUCGAAAUCGACGAAAUUGGCAGUUUGAAAUCUAAAAAAUACACAGCCAACCGGUGGAGCUAUUGCAUUGCAGAGGCGACCGUGCAGGGUGAGCUGAGGACCGUGGCCAUGUAUUGUGACCGCACCGAAUUCAACAUAUCCUUUGAUGACGCCAUUGUGCAGAGUAUUUUGGCAGCGAUCGGAGCUGCUUUCACCCUCCUCACCCUGAUCAUCCACGCGAUCAGUAAAGACCUUCGCCAGGGAAUCAAAGGUCUGAGCCUCAUCGCCCACUGCGCCUGCAUGCUCGGCGCCUUCCUCACCAUGGCCUUCCGACCUUUAGCUUGGUCUCAGGAAACGGAAACUUGCACGGUGUUAGGCAUUUUCACGCACUUUUUUCUACUGUCUUCGUUUUUCUGGUUGAAUGUCCGCGCAAUCAUAAUUCAGACAACAUUCAGGUCGUGGGACUCAAUGUUAAGCGGCCUAUCUCUUCGCAAUCGCAGUUUUCCGUUGUAUGCAAUUUAUGCUUUUGGGGUGCCUGCCCUCAUCUCGGCAUUCAUGGCGUGGGCACAGUUCACAGAUGACAUGAACCUGCCCUUGUGGGUCGUGUGGCCAGAUCUUGACGAAGCUUCUUGUUGGUUUAGAUCCUCGUUAGGCCGGGCUCUAUACUUUUCCCUUCCUAUGGGCAUCGUAUUGUUGAUCAACAUUUAUCUUUUCAUCACGACGGCGGUGAAAAUUCGCUCGUUUAAAAAGGAGAACCGAAGAAUUCUACAGUCAGAUGACAGUAACCGUAGCGACUUGAAAGAAAACCUAAAAUUUGACAUGGAAAAAUUGAAACUCUUUGCAAAGUUGUCUCUUUUAAUGGGUCUGACUUAUAUUUCCGAGUUUCUAUCAUGGUUCAAUUAUGCCUUUCCGUGGUACUGGUACGCCUCAAAUGUUGCGAUCGCCUUGCGAGCUUUUCUCAUAUUUGUUGUCUUCUGCUGCAGGCGAAAGGUCUGGAUUUCUUUGAAACGGCAGUACCCAUCACUGGAAAAACUUUCAUUGCUGGUUCCGGAUUUCUCUUGGUGCAGAAAGAAAAACACAGACCAGUUUGAACAUCGGGUUUUGGAACAUGAGAAUACAACGAAUGAAACAGACUCAAUUAAGUUGAGUGAACUGAAAGAUUUUAAUUCAAAUUAGAGUUUUAAAGACAUAAAUUCUUAGCAAAAUUGACGAACUGAAUUUACUGAUAUUAUUUAAAAGCAUCAAAAACUCCCCGCAGCAGA